AUGACCACGAACACAAUGAAUGGAGCGAGCAAUGCCUCUGAAAACUCAUCUUCAUCCGGUGUCAGAGGCCGCAGAAGGGUUCUGAUUAUUGGCGCCGGCAAGUGCUCAGUCGGUUCGACGGGUCUCGCAUUAGCUCAGGGUUUGAAGAAGGCUGGAAUACCGUUCCUGAUUUUCGAGAAAGAAGAAGAAAUCCCCGCCCGCGAGCGUAGCUGGAGCAUGGGUUUGCACUGGGGCUUUGAACCCCUCCAGCAUCUCAUGCCCACCGAGAUCCUGACUCAAAUCAAACAAGCCCAAGUUGAUCCCCAUGUCCCAACCAAGGAUAGUGACCGUCUUCCUCUUAUCAACGGCGAGACCGGUGCUCUUAUUACCGAAAUCAAGUCCUCGAAGCUAUACCGUGUACGCCGCGACAAAUUCAGGGCACUGCUGUUGCAGGGCCUUGACGUGCAGUGGGGGAAGAUUUUGUCUGAUAUUGUUUAUUCUCCUGCUGGCGAACGAGUUACGGCGAAAUUCACCGAUGGCAGCGAGGUUAUAUGCAGUAUGCUGAUCGCCACCGACGGCGCGCAUUCAAUGACCCGCUCCCUGCUCGUUGGAGAAAAAGCAGCCCGAGUGACCCCAAUUGAUUUCGCCUCGACCAUGUGCUUUACCCAGCACACGCGUGAGCACGCUCUUUUCCUCCGCGCUCAACCGCAUCAUCCGUUGUAUCAAGUGGCAACUCAUCCAAAUGGCUACUGCGCCUGGCUAAGCCUGCUUGACGGGGAUGACAUCGAUCAUCCAGAGAACUGGGUAUUUUUCCAUUACAUCUCAUUCCCGGAGCUGCGCGACCAUGUCAACAUGCGCACCACGCGUGAGCACGCUGCACACCAGAAAGAGCUGGCCCGUCAAUUUGUGGACCCCUGGCGCAGUGUUUUCGAAUGGAUGCCCGAAGAUAGCAAGGUGUUGUAUUCAAAGCUUCGCAACUGGGAUCCAAGCCUACCGGAGCACAAGUGGGACAAUCGUCAAGGCCGAGUCACAUUGGCAGGCGAUGCGGCCCAUCCGAUGACUUUCCAACGCGGACAGGGACUGAAUCACGCUAUGAAGGACGCUUACACCGCAUGCAAGACAAUCGAGUCUUUCUGGAACCAUGGUGAUUUUACUAUUGAACAGCGUGCUGCCGCAAUCCAGGCGUACGAGGAAGAGAUGAUCGCUCGGGCCGGUGAAGAAGUUCGCUUGAGCGAGGAAAAUAGUGUGAUGGUGCAUAAUUGGGCCAAUCUUAUGCAGAGUCCCGUGAUCAUCAAGGGUAUGAAAGUUGAAAGUCAGGAUGCAUGA